CAAGUAUAAAUUUUAUAAUUUCGUUUUCUGAACAAUUCCGAAAGAAGUUUCUAUUCUUUAUAAAUAUUUUAUAAAAAAAUAAACAAAACAGUGAAAAUAACUAGUUUGUACAUCUUUGGCGAUAAAGUAAGCCCAUCAACCCUGCGUUCGAGUGGACAGUCCCGUUUUCAGAACCGCAGCCAACUUCACUCACGUCGCUGUCACGAAUUGCAAUUUUUAUAAAAAAAAGAAUAGAAAAAAUUGAUCGUUUUAAAAAGGCGUAGAAGGUGCCAGUGUCGUGGGUGGAACUAAAUUUUUUAACUUGUCACGAGGCGUACGUCGCCAUCUCCGCUCAUAAUUGAUUUUUAGCAGCACACGCAUUUUUACCGACCAAUCGCCAGUCGCCAGUUAUUGAAGCUGCAAUCAGCCAGACACAAGAAACAGACCGAAAAUGACGUCGUUGGAGCAGAAUCGUUUACAAAACUUUAAAAACAAAGGGAAGGACCAGGAUGAGAUGCGUCGUCGCCGCAACGAGGUGACCGUGGAGCUGCGCAAAAACAAGCGCGAGGAGACCAUCCUCAAGCGUCGUAACGUGCCCAAUCUGGACUCAAACACAGACGAGGACGAGCAGUUGCCCACAUCCAUCAACCUAAAGAAACUCGCCCAGGCAGCGGCCGAUGCCACCAAGCCGGAGCAGCAGCUGGCCGCUGUCCAGGCCGCCCGAAAAUUACUCUCCUCGGACAAAAAUCCACCCAUCAACGAUCUGAUCCAUAGCGACAUUCUGCCCAUCUUGGUGGAGUGUCUAAAACAACACAAUCACACAAUGCUGCAGUUCGAGGCCGCUUGGGCCCUGACCAACAUUGCAUCCGGCACCUCGGAACAAACCAAUCAGGUCGUUGCCGCCGGCGCUGUGCCGCUCUUCCUUCAACUUCUGAACUCGCCCGCUGCCAACGUCUGUGAACAAGCUGUGUGGGCACUGGGCAAUAUCAUUGGCGACGGACCCUUGUUGCGAGACUAUGUCAUCAAGCACGGCGUUGUGCAGCCACUGCUCUCAUUCAUCAAACCGGACAUCCCCAUCUCAUUCUUGCGGAAUGUGACUUGGGUGAUUGUGAAUUUGUGCCGCAACAAGGAUCCGCCGCCGCCGGCCGCCACCAUCCACGAGAUCCUGCCCGCACUCAAUGUGCUCAUACAUCACACUGACACUAACAUUCUGGUGGACACUGUUUGGGCAAUCAGCUAUCUGACCGAUGGAGGUAAUGACCAGAUCCAGAUGGUCAUCGAGAGCGGGGUUGUGCCUAAGCUGAUACCGCUGUUGGGCAACAACGAGGUCAAGGUUCAGACCGCAGCUCUGCGCGCCGUGGGCAACAUUGUGACCGGCUCUGAUGAGCAGACACAGGUGGUGCUCAACUUCGAUGCGCUCUCCUACUUCCCGGCCCUGCUCUCCCACCCCAAGGAGAAGAUCCGCAAGGAGGCGGUCUGGUUCCUGUCCAACAUCACCGCCGGCAACCAGUCGCAGGUGCAGGCCGUCAUCAACGUGGGUCUGUUGCCCAAGAUCAUCGAAAACUUGAGCAAGGGCGAGUUCCAGACACAGAAGGAGGCCGCCUGGGCCAUUAGCAAUCUUACCAUCAGCGGCAACAGGGAUCAGGUCUUCACGCUGAUCAAGGAGGGCGUAAUUCCGCCAUUCUGUGAUCUCCUCUCGUGCCAGGACACGCAAGUUAUCAAUGUCGUUCUUGAUGGUCUUAACAAUAUGCUCAAAGUGGCCGAUUCUCAUGUGGAGACGGUGGCCAACUUUAUCGAGGAGUGCGAGGGUCUGGCCAAGAUUGAACGGCUGCAGAGCCACGAAAAUGUUGAAAUCUACAAACUAGCCUACGAAAUCAUCGAUCAAUACUUUACGGAUGAGGGUGAGCAGACCAACAUGGCACCCACCUCUGACGGCUCACAAUACAACUUUGAUCCGAAUGCCGACAAACUACCAAUGAACUCUUUCAACUUUUAACGAUCCAAUCCGGAGGCAGUAGCAGCUAUAUGGAGACCAAACGUGUGCAACAUAACAUACACUUUUUGGCGUUUAGCCGUACACAGUCGGUUGUGUAUGAAAAUUCGACGAGCCAGCCGCAAACCAAUUUACAUAAUAAUAGCAUU